AAAAAUCUGCACAAUGACUUCCCUUUUUACCUUUUUUGCGCUGGGUUCUACCAUCCUCCCUUCUCCUAAUAGCACUAUUCCUCUCAUCUGUCCUUCCAAUGUCACUCAUUCAUUCACUCUCUCCUUUGUGGCUAAAGCUUCCUCACCAAGAUCCCCUGCUGAGAUUUUCUUAAAUCUAAUUAAUUACCUAAUUGAAUGACAGAUCUUUAACCUAAUAUGAAUGCAUACUACUGAAAUGUGCUUGGCUGAAUUUCACAAUGGGGGAUGUUUUUAUGUUGAGCUAAAUGAAUUGGAUCCUAUUUUAAGCAGAACGUUGGUUAAACACAGCAUGAACACCAGUCUUUAAAGUAGUUUAUUCAACAUUUGUCAAUACAUACACACACACACUUCCUGUAAAUAUAAAAUGGCUGAAUUCUGGACAUACAUAAAAAAUGGACUGAUGACCUUCAAUCACAAAGCCCAGGUAUUAGCUCUGUUACCUCUGCCUGCAGCAGCAGAUUGUACUCAUAUUGCACACGUUGGCACGCCUCAACACAAUCCUCCUGGGUUGCACUUGGACACAGAUAACUUCCUUCUGAGUGGUAGCUUGGAACUUAGGAAAGAUACGCAGGACUUGUGUUAUUUGAAGCAAAACUGCUAAGAAAUUGUAAAUCUUCUGUGAGUGUGAUGACUUCUGACUGCUUGGGCCCAAAUCUGACCAUGGAGGACUUUGACAGGACCUGCCUAUCUGUCUAAUGACUAGCAGUGACAGCAUCAGAUUAAAGACGCAGUGGAUCUGGGUUCCCCGGAUGAGCUGAUGGAUAUUUCUGAGGUGGAUGAAGGGGUGUGGCCAGGCGGGAUGGGGCCGGACAUGACCCCCCCCACCAUCACUAUUAGCAACAGUGUCACCACGUUGAAUCUGGGAGCCAAGGCCAUGAAGAAGUGUCGGCUGGGUGGGCGUAACAGCAAGGACAAGGAGGCGGGCUCUCUGACAACGUGCCGGGCCAACAGCGAGAAUGCAGAGCUGUCCUUCAAGCGACUGACGCUCACUUCCAGCCAAUCGGUGCCCAAGGCAGGAGCUCUCACCAACCUGACCCGCACUGCCAGCGCCGUUUUCUCCCGCUCCUUCGAGCAGGUGGCCGUCUGCAACGCCACCCCCGCCAGCAACCACACCGCCUCUGAAGUCGGCCGCUAUUCAUGCAGCCUGCAGGAGGAUGGGCUGGGGUACUUGAGUCCGGCGCCAAACCACACGCAGCGCUCUCCUAGCAUCAGCGUGCACCUUGGCUCUGACCUAUGAGCCCUUUGUGACUCCUGGCUACCUGAUCCCUCUCAAUCCGGUGACCCUGUACCUGUGAACAGGAACUCCAAGCCAUGCCAACUCCCAUUAGACCACAACAGCAUACAAACACUCCCACUGGGUGUCUUGUCACUCCAUUUUGAUGUCUUUGGUUCUCUGUGCUCCCGAGCAGCCUGCCGCCGUGCUCCUCUCCUGAUGAAGGCGGGGGGUCAGAGAUAUCACUUCCUGCUUGACUGAUUUUUAGCAGUGCAUUGUUGCUGUGAAAUCAUGCCAGGACAAAACCGCACUCCGUCCCAGAGCAGUCUGUCUGGGUGCACUUAAAACAUAUACACAACUAAAAACUGCGGAAAAGUAUCUGGAAAAUAUUUUAAUCGGCAUUUGUUGCCCUGCAUGGCUUUUUCCAUACGUCCAUCCUGAUAUUGCCCAGGUUGGUCGGAGGGCAAAUGUUAAGUAUGUGUGAUUAUGUGUGUAUGUUCAAUUUUUAGAAUAAAGGCGGCUGAUUGAUCAAAUUAACAAGGUAUGAUUCUCCGAGAUGAAACACAUUUUUCUAUUUUUUUCAAAUGACAGAUCCUUUUCCAUAGCAAUACAAAUCUGUGUUUUUCAUCUUUUGGGACAAUUACACAACCUCUCUUCAUUCACACUUCUUUUGUAAACAUCUACAGCAGUGUUCCUUUUUAAAGAUAAUCUGUAUUCUUCCUUAAAAUGUCAGAAGAAAUGACCACUAAAUAAUCAAACAGUAUGAUACGAUUUGGGUUUUAAUGUUUACAAUCGCACAGUAUUGUCAUCAUAAUGGAGAAGCAAUAUUUGUGUCCUUCCCUCCCACUGCUCUAGCACCUUCUUGAAUUGCUGUUGGCAGAAAAAUCCAACUUCUAACAAAUGACGAAGAUGGUUUGGUGUAUGAUUUGUGAAGUAUUGAAAUUUGCACUUGAAAGAACAAACAAGUUGUGUUUUCAACUUUGGUAUUUUCUUAUGAUGAACAAAAGACGUUUGACUCUCAACUGUGGUAUUUUCCUGUGAGAGAGAUGUGCUUUGUUGCUCCGUAUAUACAUGAAGUCCACCUACAUGCACAAAGAUAAAAGAAUCCGAUGCCCCUGACUCAAGAUGUUUAAAACUCGACCAAAACUGUAACUGAACCUCCUCCUGUGUGUUCUGCAGUGGGAAGGUGUGUGUGGGCAACAAGGCAUCUUUCCUCUUCUCUGAUCCACCCACCAUUCCAGCUGUUAGUAGUUAUUUGGUGAUGUGUUUCCUGUGUCCCUCCAUCAUCAUCCCUUCACAAGAAAUGGUGAUAUCUUGUACCAAUAAUGUAAUUAAACUCCACCCAUUUCUUACCUUUGAUGUCCUAAAUUGAGCUGCGCCUCCCUCAAGCAAUAUGUGUUCUGUCGUCUGUGUACUAGAGCUGUCGAGUGUCCAUAGCUUUGGGGGGGACAUUAACAAUCAUAUUGUUUCUGUGUGUGGGUUUACAGGAUGUGAAUGGGUGAGCUCUUGUUGUACAUCAUACUGUUGUACUAAAGUUGGUUAAAAUUGGCCUUUCUAUGUCUGAAUAUAACUCACUGCUACAUCUUCUGGGAAUAAAGUGUUUCUAUAUUUCA